CGCGUCUUCUCACACGCGCUGGGCAACACAUCAAUGAGAACCGAUCACAACAGCCGAAACCCGCUGGUCCCCCCGUCAAAUCACAACAACAACCAUAAAACGGAGGGUGGACACCGGGACAUUUGAAGCAUCAGCGUUAAAUGCCCGAUUUCUGCAUCGCAGGCCCCAAUUGACAGCACAUGGCUUCGUCGCUCAUCGCCUCGCGGCCACGGCCACGGCCCGCACAUACGCAGGGCACCACGCGAUGCGCUUACACCCCCGACGGCUCGAAGCUGGUCACGGUCGGCUCCAACAAUACCAUCCGCGUCUACAAGACGGGCUUCGACGGCGAGCCCCAGAAUAUCGACGACGCGCUGGAACAGAACCUGUGCGUGGCCGUGAGCAACUCCUUCUUCGUCGCCGGCUCCCAGGAUGGCAUUGUCAGCUAUUACUCGCUCGAGACCAACAUUUUUGACCGCUUCUUGCUGCGCACUCCCCUGCCCGUCCGCGACGUGGCGCUCUCGCCCGACGGGAAGUGGUGCGCCGUGGCCAACGACGAACUCACCGCCAAGCUGGUGGACGUUGCCAACCCCGCUGCGGAGCUCACGCUGAGGGAGCACGGCAAGCCGACCAAGCAUCUGUCCUUCGACCCGAAGGGCAGCCUGCUGGCUUUGUCGUGCACUGAUGGCGUGAUCUAUAUCUACUCGCUGACGGCCGAGCACCCGGAGCUGAUCCGCAAAGUGGAUGGCGUCAUCGGGAGGAUAGAAUCCGAGUCUGAAGCUUCGUGCAAGGUGACAUGGCAUCCCGAUGGGCGGGCAUUUGCCGUGCCAACACCAACGCGAGACAUCCAAGUUGUGUCCAAGAACGAUUGGGAGAAGCAGCGCGCCUUUUCCAGGGGCCACGACGGAGACAUCACCGCUCUUGCUUGGUCUCCGAACGGCGCCCUGCUCGCCUCCGCGGGCAAGGAUAAAAAGCUUCUCAUUUGGUCGACGUCGGACCAGACCGUCGUUGCGAGAUACGAGUAUCCGAAUGUUAUUGACAUUGCCUGGCACCCCACCGAGAAUUUGGCUUCCUUCACCACCUCAGAUGGCGAGGUCUUCAUUUGUCCCGACUUCGUAUCGGAGCAGUUCGCGUCUCUACUUAAGCUUCCAAAGCAGCCCGCGCCGUUUAUCCAUGAUCCUCUCGCAGAGAUCGGAGCCAAUCGCCGGCAGCUGGUGCCCAAUGGUGCCGGCCUUCCGUCGCGUCCUCAGCGGCCCUCCAGGGACGAUUUCGAUGACCUCCUGGACGACAACUACGGGGACGAUGACGACGACGACGGCUUUGUGGUGGACGAUGAUGGGGCUGGCUACGCUCUGAAUCCCUCAAGGAAACGUGCCGCUGACGGGGACGACAUCUUCGGCCUGCGGCCGAGCAAGCGGGGGAAUUUUGUCCAGCCCCAGAUUCACCCACCGUUCCAGCCGGGUUCAACCCCCUGGCGUGGGAACCGCAAGUACCUGUGUCUAAACUUGAUCGGGUUUGUGUGGACUGUGGACCAAGACUCCCACAACACGGUUACAGUGGAGUUCUAUGACCGCGCGUUCCAAAGGGACUUCCACUUCACCGACACUUUUCUCUACGACAAGGCCUGUCUCAACGAGAAAGGGACCCUGUUUUCCUGCCCGCCCAAGGACGACGCCCCCGCGGUCGUCUUCUACCGGCCCCAUGAGACCUGGACGCAGCGGCAGGACUGGCGCAUCGAGUUGCCUAAGGGCGAAGCAGUCCUGGCCAUGUCGCUCGGCGACAACUUUAUCACUGUGACGACCACCGCGAACUACGUGAGGAUAUACACUCUGUUUGGCAUUCCCUACCGAGUCUACAGGCCCAAGAGCACGCCCAUCGUCACCUGCGCCGGCUGGAAGGACUACGUGCUGACCAUGGGCAACGGUCCGGUUGGUGCGGACGGCAUGUGCCGACUGCUUUACACCAUCCAGAACAUCAAGCGGGACGAAAUAUGUCAAAACGAGGACACCGUGGCCCUGCCCGAAGGGGCGACAGUUAAAAGCGUCUUCUUCUCUGACAAUGGAGACCCCUGCAUCUACGACUCAACCGGCACCCUACUGACGCUCCUCCACUGGCGGCAGCCGUCACGCGCAUCGUGGGUCCCCAUCCUCGAUACCAAACUGCUCCCGCGCCUAGCCUCGGGCCGCAAGCACGAGACCUACUUUCCCAUCGCCGUCGCCGACAACAAAUUCCACUGCAUCAUCCUCAAGGGCGGCGACCAGUACCCCUACUUCCCGCGCCCGCUGCUCUCCGAGUUUGACUUUUCCAUCCCCCUCACUUCCGCACCCCGCCGCAAGAAGAAGACCAAGAAAUCCAAACCCAACGGCGCCGACCUGGCCGACUCCGACGCAGAAAUGCUCUCCGACGACGACGACGACGACGACGAAAAAGAAGAAGACGAAGACGACAACGACACCACCACCAACGAACAAGCCGACGACGAAACCCACUCGCUCACACAAACCUACCUCCUCAAGACCCUCCAAGCCGCCCAGCUCACCGACCUCCUCCAGUCUUCCUCUUCUUCUUCCUCCUCCUCGCGCCACCGCUCGACCGCCUCGCAGCGCGCCCUGCUCGCCCGCCUGGACCUCGACAUCGACAAGGCGCUGCUGCAGCUGCUGGCCGCCGAGUGCCGCGCCGGCAGCGGCGGCGACGAGCGCGGCAUGCGCGCCCUCGAGCUCGUCCGCCUCAUGCGCGACCGCACCGGCCGCAUGGCCGAGGCCGCUGGCAAGGUCGCCGAGCGGUACGGCGCCGAGGUGCUCCGCGCCAAGAUCCGUGAGCUGGGCGAGCGGAGGGUUGCUGGUUACUCGGAUGGUGAGGGUGAUGGGGAGGAGGAUGGGGAGGAUGAGUUUGAAUAAGGUUUCCCGGGGGAAG